AAACAAGUUCAAACCAACAAAAGUCUCCCUCAUCUGUCCCUGCCUGUCAUCUUGUAAAACAGAACAACUCGUAAGCCAAGACCAGCAAGAAAAAAGUUUUUACCUCAGACCUGAGUCUGGCCAGAUCCCGCUAACGAGGACUCUCCCCACAAACAUGCCAGAAUCGCCCACUUUUACAUAUCACGAAGUCCCCCUGGAAGAUUUUAUCGCUGCCACCUCGGAUGCACCCAAUGGAUCCGAAACGCUUGAAACAAUCGCUGAAGAGAUACGCAUGUCCCGUGCCUUUGACCAGGCACUCCAACAAUUUGUUUCAGCCCUGGCCUUGGAAGAGCUGGCGACGAUAAAAGUCAGCUCCGCAUCCAUAUUUGACAUGAUCUUCGAAAGAUGUCAGGAGCUUGGCUCCGGGGGACCGUCUAUGGGCUUGAGUGUAGAAAGCUCGCCAAUUGUCUUCCAAAUACAACACCACGCCACAAUACUCUCUAAUUAUUUCACCGAUUCCGAGCCUACCAUCGCGUACCAAGACGACAUGGAGACUUACCAGGACCAUUGGUUCACAGAGGAAUUCCAGGAACCAACAAGACCGGACAGGAUCCCGUCCUCUCUCCCCAAAUGGGGGGAUUACAUCCGCGCAAAAGCAACAGAUGCCAUGGCGCGAAGGGGAAACAGGAGACAUGUCAUUGGUGUCCUGGUUAAUCACUCCAACGUCACCUUUUGGUACUUCGAUAGGAGUGGAGGCUUCUAUUCAGCACCUGUUGACCUUGUCAAGCGCCCAUGCGAGGUCAUUUCUGGGCUUGUCAGACUCUCCCUCAGUACUGCGUUCGCCCUUGGCUUAGAGCCUGCUAUAGAAUUUCCCGACCCAUGGAGGGCAUUUGACACGAUGGAAAGCGCCGCUAUCGUUAUCCAAGGCAUACCCUUCUUGCUGCAAGUUGCUGUACAUAUUUCGAGGGACCUCGAAGGCCGGGGGUUGGUUCUCUUCUCUGCCAGGAAACAAGACACCUCCGAACACUCCACAUCCCUCAUCAUCCCAGAGAAUGUGAUGAUCAAAUUCUCAUGGGAGCAUGUUGGGCUGCCAAGAUCAGAUUCCCUCUAUCGUCGGGCAGAGCAGUGUGGCGUGCAUGGGGUGGCCCAAUUGUUUUGCUCUUCAACCCUGGGACACCUUUCAGAAGGUCCCAGAACGCGACUCAAACAUGAAUCCCGGAUAGAUUAUCGAAAUCGGGAGCUGCGAGCACAAGUCCUGGGACCAUCUUGUGUUCCACUCUACCGCGUCCUUCCUGACAGAGAUUUCGAACGUGCAUUCCGAUCUUUAGUUGAAGUUCAUCACCGACUCUACAAGAAUGCAGGUAUCCUGCAUUGCAACAUCAAUAUGAGCAGUCUCAUGGCUUCCAAAGACUCGCCUCCUCGCGGAGUUCUAUUGGACCUCGACUUUGCGAUUCAAGUUCAGGAUGGGGACAGAGACCUCUCACCUGAGCCCACUUUUUCGGGUACUCUGCCAUUCCUUUCCAUGGACCUCCUGUCUGCUGCCACUCCCCCUCCGAAUCGGCUGUAUCGACAUGAUUUAGAAUCAUUUUUUUACGCACUUGGCUGGAUUCUUGGCCGAUAUGACGCGCGCGGCAAUCCCAGGAUGCUGCAUCAGUUCGCAGCGUGGCACAAGGGCCCUCUCAAUGAUAUCAUUUCGGCUAAGUGGAGAUUUAUGGGAGUUCCCAGCCACAUUCCAUCCACCAGGUCCUCACCAUCACUCCAGAUCUGGUUGCGCCGUCUGUGUAGAUUGUUCAACGGAGGGUAUGGAGGGGAGAACCAGGAUGCGGACUAUGAUCAGGAAACUCUGGGGGGUGGUAUAACGUUCGAUACGUUCAUGGGUGCGGCUCCGCAAAUUGGACCCUGAACAAACGACUGUUAUCUACGGAAGAUCCACGCACCGUGCAGUAGUACACAACAGAAACCCGAGUUUCCAUAUCGCUUUCGAAAUGAUAUUUCUGCCAUUAAUAU